GCUGCAGAAAAAAAGGAGGGGGGGGGCAGGAAAGCGGGGCGAUCGCGAGGGGCGCGAAGAGGCCGGCGCGAGGGAAAGUUGAUUCGAAGUGGCACCGUAUGCAGAAAAAAAAAAGUCGAUCGCCAGCAGGAGCAUAAAAGUGUGAGCGGCUCCGGCGCGGGGCGGCAGCUCCCUGCGCGCUAGAGCAGCGGCAGCCACAGGUGCCCGGGGCUCAGACUUUGCCUUGCGGAGCGGCCGCGGGCGCUUCCCUCGCCGCAGGAGCGGAGCCGGGGGGCUCGGGCCCGUCGGGGUGUUUUCGGCUCUGAGGAGGUCCCCGCCAACCAGCAAGAUUUUGUCCAAAAGCAGGCAGGAGGAUCGCCCUGCGCUGAGCCGGCUGGUGGGCAGCAGGCGGCGGCUGAUCGCGGCCGGCGCCCUGGGGGUGGUCAUGGUGCUGCUGCUGGUCAUCCUCAUCCCGGUGCUGGUGAGCUCGGCCGGCACCUCGGCGCACUACGAGAUGCUGGGCACCUGCCGCAUGGUCUGCGACCCCUACGGCGGCACCAAGGCGCCCAGCACGGCGGCCACGCCCGACCGCGGCCUCAUGCAGUCCCUGCCCACCUUCAUCCAGGGGCCCAAGGGCGAGGCCGGCCGGCCGGGCAAGGCGGGGCCCCGCGGGCCGCCCGGGGAGCCGGGGCCGCCCGGGCCGGUGGGGCCCCCGGGGGAGAAGGGCGAGCCCGGGCGCCAGGGCCUGCCGGGUCCCCCCGGGGCGCCGGGGCUGAACGCGGCCGGGGCCAUCAGCGCCGCCACCUACAGCACCGUGCCCAAGAUCGCCUUCUACGCCGGCCUCAAGCGCCAGCACGAGGGCUACGAGGUGCUCAAGUUCGACGACGUGGUCACCAACCUGGGCAACCACUACGACCCCACCACGGGCAAGUUCACGUGCUCCAUCCCCGGCAUCUACUUCUUCACCUACCACGUGCUGAUGCGGGGCGGCGACGGCACCAGCAUGUGGGCAGAUCUCUGCAAGAACAACCAGGUUCGAGCUAGUGCAAUUGCUCAGGAUGCUGAUCAGAACUACGACUAUGCCAGUAACAGCGUGGUUCUUCAUUUGGAGCCAGGAGAUGAAGUUUACAUAAAAUUAGAUGGAGGAAAAGCACAUGGAGGAAACAACAACAAAUACAGCACAUUUUCUGGAUUUAUUAUUUAUGCUGACUGAUUAUGAGUCAAAAACUAAGCUUGUUCUUCUAAGAGAUGGAUUCAUGUGGCAAAAGCCAAUGAAUCAAGAAUCCAGCGGAUACUGACCGUGGGACACCUCAGUAGUGGGGGAAAAUCAAAUGCUACCUGACUCACAUCUGUAUGACACAAAGAAACCUUAGAUUAAAAAUAUAUAUAUAUAUUUAAAGCAAGUUAAACAGAUGUGUGAUCCACUACCGCCAAAGCAAAUACUUCUUAUUGUUAGUGUCGAUGUGAAUGAAGUCCUAUAUAGAUCACAAAUUUUUAUAGGAAAAUCUAAAGACACUGAAUUAUUUCUUCAGUAUAUAUGAUACUUCGAUGUAUUAUGAUCUUGCUGCUUUAUCCAUACGUCAGCUUUGGUUCUUGUGACUUACCCGCUAACUAUGAUGCUAGGAGUCCACUCAUAGUGAGGAAUGAGUUUACAAUAAAAGGAAGAGGUAAUUGAAAUGCUUCUUCUCUCCAAAGGAAUUGUUUGCCUUGUACUUUUGUUAUCCUUCUAUCUAGAACUAGAAACUAAUAAGUUUAAGCCUUAACUCUUAAUUUCCCUGCUUUGUGAGUGUAGGUCAGGCCACCUGUUUGUUUAGUUUAAAUUUCCUUUCCCUCCCCUUAAUUGUAUUCUAAGAGAGACAGACAGAAGAAACAAUUCAAAGAAAAUAUAAGAGAUGAUAUAACAAACUGCCUAUAUUUGGACCAAAUCCUGGGUCCACUGAAGCCAAUUGCAAAACUCCGAUUUGGCCUUUAAUAUGUAAACAAAUUAGGCUCUUAAUUUGUAAACAUGUGUAAAUACAUAUAUUUAGACAAUUUAACAAACCCAUUCUUGAUGGUUUGUUGUGUAAAUACUAUUUUAGCAAAUCUAACAUCCACACUCCCAGGCCAGGCCAGGCCAGAAUAAUUUUUUUGCUGCAAUUAGUCUUCAGUGUAAAUCUGUAGUUACUACUUUUGUUUAACAAAAGAUUAUUUAUGACUUGACAUACUACAAAGAGUCAACUGGAGUCAUUACAUAGAACAUUGUGAGAAAACCACUGGCCAAAAUCCUGCUCUGCUUAUUUAUGCAACCAGUCUUGCUGAAGUCAGUGUGGAUACUUGCAUGAGAUUGGGAUUUGGGCCCCAUGUAAUGAUGUCAUCACACAGUACCUGUUACAAGGUAUUGCAUUAAUUUGUAGUAUGGUGUGACUGAAAUUAACAGAUAAGCAUAUUACCAAAUAUGAAAACCAGUUAUGCAAAGAGAGAAACAGAUUUUCAAAUGCAAAAAACUGUGUAUUAAAACCUAUUUUUCUUAUCUAUAUCUAUAUCUAUAUAUAUCUCUAUAUCUCAAAAAGGCUUACUCAGUAUAACAGACUAAUGGCUUGGAGAAUUACAUUGUAAAAACAUGCUUUUCAGUUAUAGUUCUACAAAAACCUUUUACAAUCAGUAAUAGCAGCAAUAUCAGUAAUACCUCUAUAAAAAGGAAUUUUAUUUAGAAAUUAUGUUUUUGUUUUUUUAAUUGCUCCCAUGUCGAUACUUGCAAGUUUAAGUCUAAAGCAAAAUUAUAGCAGGAAUACAUAACAGAACCUUUACAGCAGGGUCAAAAUAAUUACAGAGCUUCCUAUUGUAAUGCUGAUGCAGUAUAGAUCUUAGGUUACAUUCACGGCAGAAUAAAAAUACUAUUUGUAUAAAUUGCUAUGAAGUAGUGAGAAGCCAGACCUAGUUUUUCUGUUUUACAUAAUCUGCCACAUGCAACCUUCUCUAAUCUACCAAAGGAAGGGGACAAACUGAGAUUUGUCAUAUACUAAAGUGUCAAAUAUCUGCCAUAAUUAAAGAAAAAUAUUUUCCCCUUUGAUUUUUUGAUAACUUUAAGAUAGAGAUUUUAAAGAUAGAAAAAUCCCCCUAAAAAGCAUUUAUUUACAUGAUUAAGGCAUUUCUUACACAGACCAUAUCAUUCGUCUGGUCUGUUCCUCCUUUGGACAGCUGUUCAAUUAAAAAGACAUGAUGUGCCAUCAGUCUAUGCUCAAUAAGAGAAUCUCAUAUGUAACAUAUCUUGGUUCUCAAGAGGGAGAGUUGUGCUUCAUAACUGCCUUUUUUUUCUGUUCCCUCAUUAUAUCACAUCAGUUUGGUUAAACAUUACUAAUCUCAUUGUAAAAAAGACAACAACCCAUAUUCAUGGGGUGUACUGAUUAUAUGCAAUAUAUUUUAUAAUGGACACAUAGUUGACUUCACAUCUACUCAUAUCACAACUGCUUUUAUUGCAGAGGACCACCGCUACAGAGUGGUUGGCAGCAAAGCCUUGGAGAUUUCUCAUAUAGGUAUCAAAUAACAAGGUUUCAAGCAAAAAAUAAUUUAUAACUAGCAAUGCACAUUCACCAAGAAGUGACCAGGAAUACUUCAUUACCACAGGACAUCAAAAGCUGGACACGUGAAAGAAUAAGCUGUUGAAAUGAGAUUGCCAUUGCUAACACACAAUCUUUUCUUUGGAUAAAUAAAUAUCUACCCCUGUUUUGGUCUAGAGGAAAGACCAAAUAUUUAAAUGAAAAACAUAUAUAAGGCAAACAUUUCUUUUUUGAAUCAUAUCUUGACAAACUGAUUUGUAAACUGAUUAAAUGAUGGCCUUUGUUAUAAUUGUA